AUGGUGAACCUCGACCUCCGCCGUCGUCCUAAAAUCCAAAUCGCCCUUAAAAACCAACAACCGAACCUGGUCAACACCUAUACCACCGGAGACCGCAUCGACGGCGCUGCGACUAUCACUGUCGACCAUGAUAUUCCGUUUGAUAAUCUUGACAUAACAUUCGAGGGCACGUCAAGGACAACAGUCGAACGCGCUUCCGUCCCGGGCCAAAGCGGCGCUCACCAAACCUUCCUCAAACUCCGCCAACCAAUCGAUCACUACCCAUCUCCUCGCAUCCUCCAGCCAGGCCACACCUACGUCUUCCCAUUUACCUUCGUCGUCCCGGACCGCCUCCUCCCGCAGGCAUGCAACCACCCCAAGGACCACGGCCACCUGGAGCACGCGCAUACACUCCUUCCACCGACGCUGGGCGAUACGAUGGUAACCCUGCGGAACGGGAAGAGUGCGUUGGUCGAUGACUUGUGUCCAGAAAUGUGUCGCGUCGCGUACUUCAUCCGGACCGCAGUCUUGAAGAAGGACGGUAGCGGAAAGAGAAAAGUCCUCGGGUCCGGCACGCAAAAAGUCCGCAUCACGCCCGUUGUCGAGGAACAGCCACCGUUGAACAUCCCCGACCAUGAAGUCGACGGGUACUGCGUACGGAAGGAGAAGGAUCUCCGACGCGGCUGGACGAGGGCGAAGCGCGGCCGUCUUGUUGUCUCGACGGCGCAGCCGAAACCUCUCGUUUCGAAUCAUGGCGGCGAGGAGAGUGUGAACUCGGUAGCAACGCUGGAUCUGCGGUUCGAGCCUGUGACGGAGGACGAGGCCCCGCCACAGCUUGGGACCGUGUGGACGAAAGUCACUGCGUCGACGUUCUACGGCGCGCAGCCGUGGCGCGAUUUCCCUGCCGGGAUUAGGGCGAGUUCAUGGGCGCAGCUUGGCCGCGGCGUGUAUAUCGAGAGUGUACCGUUGUCGACGCGGUGUGUUGCGUCUGCGUCGUGGACGAAGCAUUCCCGUCGGGACUCGUUCUCUUCCUCAUCCUCUACAUCGUCCGCCUCGACGGCUUCGACUUCGGCUUCUUCGACAACCGGCUCAUACUACACAGCCUCCGUAAUCAUCCCCAUCACACCCCCUACCAGCAAAACGCUCGUCCCAACAUUCCACUCCUGUCUCCUCUCGCGGACCUACUCCCUCGACCUAUCCAUCUCCUACCACGCACCGCACACCUCGCGCCUCCUAGGCUCCGCUGUGUCCCUGAAAGUACCAAUCCAGGUGACUUGUUCGCCGCAGAACAUCCCGGCUAAGAAUGCGGCUGAGGUGGUUAACGUUUCUGAGAUGGAUGUCGAUGUGGAGGCUUUUUUUACGCCGAGGGAUGUUACGGGGUUAGCUGUCGCGCCGCCGGCGUAUGGGGAUUAUCGGCCGAGGGUUGUUGGGGCUGGGACUGAGGAGAGCCAGAGGAGGAGUGUUUGUGUUUGA